GCUUCCCGGCGCGGCCUCGCCUUCGCCGCCGGAGACCCCCCUCAGGCGCCCCGUCCCCCGGGACCCCGCCGCCCGCCCGCCGCUCUCAGGACCCGGGCUCCUCCCAGAUGGGAUAAGCUGUGAAGAUGUUUAGUUUUGAAGGGGAUUUCAAAACGAGGCCCAAGGUGUCCCUCGGAGGCGCGAGCAGGAAGGAAGAAAAGGCUUCUCUUUUACAUCGUACUCAGGAAGAAAGAAGAAAGAGAGAGGAAGAAAGGCGAAGAUUGAAAAAUGCAAUAAUUAUCCAGUCAUUUAUUCGAGGCUAUCGAGACAGAAAACAGCAAUAUUCCAUCCAAAGAAGUGCUUUUGACCGCUGCGCUAACUUGUCACAGUCUGGUGGCACUUUUUCCAUUGGUAAUGGUCCCAACCUUACCCUUUUGGUGAGGCAGCUUCUGUUUUUUUAUAAACAGAACGAAGACUCAAAACGUUUGAUAUGGAUGUAUCAGAACUUAAUUAAACACAGCUCUCUGUUUGUCCAGCAGUUGGAUGGAUCCGAGAGACUUACAUGCUUAUUUCAGAUAAAGAGGCUGAUGAGCCUCUGCUGCAGGUUGCUGCAAAACUGUAACGAUGACAGUUUGAAUGUCGCACUUCCAAUGAGAAUGCUCGAGGUGUUUUCAUCAGAGCACACUUACUUACCUGUUUUACAGGAUGCUAGCUACGUGGUGUCAGUAAUUGAACAAAUUUUGCACUGCAUGGUUCAAAAUGGGUAUUAUAGAUCUCUCUAUUUGUUAAUUAAUAGCAAACUUCCAUCAAGUAUUGACUAUUCUGACUUAUCUCGAGUUCCUAUAGCAAAAAUUUUGCUAGAGAAUGUUCUGAAACCAUUGCACUUUACCUACAACUCCUGUCCAGAAGGAGCCAGGCAACAGGUUUUUACCGCCUUCACGGAGGAGUUCUUGGCAGCACCUUUCACGGAGCAGGUUUUCCACUUGGUCAUUCCUGCGUUGGCAGACGCACAGACCGCCUUCCCCUACGAGCCUUUCCUGCACGCGCUCUUGUCAGGGGACAGCAGCAGGCCUGCAGAAGCCAGCGGAGGCGCGCCGUGGCUCUUCUACUUCGUUCUGACUGUUGGUGAAAACUAUCUGGGGACCCUCUCUGAGGAAGGACUGCUAGUGUAUUUAAGAGUGCUCCAGACCUUUCUUUCUCAGUUACCGGCUUCACCUGCCAAUUCAAGCUGUCAGGAUUCAUCCAGUGACUCCGAAGAUGAGAGCGAAGAAGCAGACAAGCAGAUGAGCGCUACAGAGGACGGUAGAUUGUCAGCACCCUACAUAACAGAGGAGUGUCUGAAAAAGCUGGAUACGAAGCAGCAGACCAACACGCUGUUAAACCUGGUCUGGAGGGACUCGGCGAGUGAGGAGGCCUUCACGCUCAUGGCCUCCGUCUGCCACACGCUGAUGGCCCAGCAGCGGGCGGUGGUGCCCAGAGUCAGGCUUCUUUACAGUUUAGCUUUUAAUGCCAGGUUUCUGAGGCAUCUUUGGUCCCUUAUAUCUUCAAUGACAACGCGGAUGAUCACAGGGUCUAUGGUACCAUUGCUUCAGGUGAUAUCAAGGGGCUCUCCCAUGUCGUUUGAAGAUUCUGGUCGUAUCAUCCCACUCUUUUACCUCUUUAGCUCCUUGUUUAGUCAUUCACUAAUUUCCAUACAUGAUAAUGAAUUCUUCGGUGACCCAAUAGAAGGCCAGAGACAAUCAUCAAUGAUGCCUUUCACGUUGGAAGAGCUGAUAGUGUUGUCUCGCUGCCUCCGAGAUGCGUGCUUAGGGAUCAUCAAGUUGGCGUAUCCGGAAACGAAACCGGAAGUCCGAGAGGAAUACAUUACAGCAUUUCAGAGUAUUGGGGUCACGACUAGUUCUGAAAUGCAGCGUUGUAUACAGAUGGAACAAAAACGAUGGAUUCAGCUCUUUAAGGUGAUCACCAACCUAGUGAAAAUGUUGAAGUCCAGGGACACCAGGAGAAGCUUUUGUCCUCCAAAUCACUGGCUGUCGGAGCAGGAAGACAUUAAGGCAGACAAGGUCACCCAGCUCUACGUGCCGGCCUCCAGACAUGUGUGGCGCUUCCGGCGGAUGGGGCGGAUAGGCCCGCUGCAGUCCACCCUGGACGUGGGUCUGGAGUCCCCACCACUGUCUGUAUCUGAGGAAAGACAGCUCGCCAUCCUGACAGAACUGCCCUUUGUGGUUCCGUUUGAGGAACGCGUAAAGAUCUUUCAAAGGUUGAUUUAUGCCGAUAAGCAAGAAGUUCAAGGAGAUGGUCCAUUUCUGGAUGGAAUUAAUGUCACAAUAAGAAGAAACUAUAUUUAUGAAGAUGCUUACGACAAACUUUCCCCAGAAAAUGAGCCUGACUUGAAGAAGCGCAUCCGCGUCCACCUGCUCAACGCGCACGGUCUGGACGAAGCCGGCAUUGACGGCGGCGGCAUCUUCCGGGAGUUUCUCAAUGAGCUGCUGAAGUCAGGGUUCAACCCCAACCAGGGCUUCUUCAAGACGACCAAUGAAGGCCUGCUAUACCCCAACCCAGCUGCUCACAUGCUCGUGGGAGACUCCUUUGCCAGACAUUACUACUUCCUGGGCAGGAUGCUGGGAAAGGCCCUCUAUGAGAACAUGCUGGUGGAGCUGCCCUUUGCUGGCUUCUUCCUGUCCAAGCUGCUGGGGACCAGCGCCGAUGUGGACAUCCAUCACCUCGCUUCCUUAGAUCCCGAAGUGUACAAGAAUUUGCUGUUUCUCAAGAGCUACGAAGGUGACGUGGAGGAGCUGGGCCUGAACUUCACCGUGGUGAACAACGAGCUUGGGGAGGCACAGGUGGUGGAACUGAAGUUCGGUGGGAAGGACAUCCCUGUCACCAGCGCCAACCGCAUCGCAUACAUCCACUUGGUGGCGGACUACAGGCUGAACCGGCAGAUCCGGCAGCACUGCCUGGCCUUCCGGCAGGGCCUGGCCAACGUGGUCAGCCUGGAGUGGCUGCGGAUGUUCGACCAGCAGGAGAUCCAGGUGUUAAUUUCUGGUGCACAAGUUCCCAUAAGUCUGGAGGACCUGAAAUCCUUUACAAACUACUCAGGAGGCUAUUCCGCCGACCAUCCUGUUAUCAAAGUCUUCUGGCGCGUCGUGGAAGGGUUCACGGAUGAAGAGAAGCGGAAGCUGCUCAAGUUUGUCACCAGCUGCUCCCGGCCCCCGCUCCUGGGGUUUAAGGAGCUGUACCCCGCCUUCUGCAUCCACCAUGGCGGCUCGGACCUGGAGCGGCUCCCCACGGCCAGCACGUGCAUGAACCUGCUGAAGCUCCCCGAGUUCCCCGACGAGACGCUGCUGCGCAGCAAGUUGCUGUACGCCAUCGAGUGCGCCGCCGGCUUCGAGCUCAGCUGAGCCAAGAGGCUCCGCCCGCCGCCCUCGUAAGUAGCACCUCUGGCCGCCCCUCCGAGCGCGCUCAGGCUGCACUCCCAAGCUCUCCCAGGUCCCCCGUCCGUCACCCCCUCCUUCAUCUUUCACAUGAUUUCUUACGGCGUGCUCGCUUAUGUAGAUGGACAUCGCUUUUCAGAUCAUUUAAAGUGACAAAUGUCAUGUGCCAUGUGGCUGAGUUAGUAAUUUUGCCAAGAAGAGCACAGUUUGAAGACUGGUGGCAGCUCGGUGAAAUUAACCAAAGAUGCAGCUCUGGCUUUGCCGAUGGGUUCCAGGCUCGGUGGCGGCUGCGGGCUCAGCCUGGCUCUCGGCCUGCAGAGUUGGGUCUGAGAGCUGCAGACGCUGACUCUCAGGGCCCCGGUUUCGCGUGCAGUUGAAUUGUUUACAAGCCUAAUUAUCAAAACUGAAGGCGUUUUCUUCCUGCUGCCUUUUUCCAAAGUGGUUAGGUUUGGAGAAUAGCUAGAACGACCGUAUUUUAUUUGUGCUUUUUAAGCCAUUUCCCCACAAUGGGACUAGCAUGCUUGUUUUCGGCAAACCAUCGACCUGCAUCAUGAUGGUUUGGGUAUUACUGUGUGUGGGUGUGUGUGAGGUGGGCACUUCAUUCUUGUUCCAUUUCUGUCUCCACUUUGUGCCUGGAGAGCAUUUGGGGAGGGUCUCUGUCCAGUUCCUGCGGCAUGUGUGACCUACAAUAAGCGAUGACUUGGGGAGAAGAGACACUGAGCAUCAAUUCCAGUCACUUGAACCAAAGUGGUGGGCUGCACCUUCUUCGCCUGCAGCCCGCUGUGGCUGAGCCGGGAGGCCCGCCGGCCCCUGGACACCGGGGUGACUCGCCACGCGUCUGCACCCUCUGCUUCCUCAAUGGUGCUGCUUUGAAGGAAGACGGGACAGUCCCCAGACUCACGUCCAGGGGAGGCGUGUUGGAAUUCUCUCAUAAUAGGCACUUUAUCAGGACCUGACUCGUUGCUGGGUGACUUCAGUCUCCGAACACGGAGUGCUUCAGCGCGUUGGCUGUGAGAGCAGAGUGGCCUCGGCUGGUGCCGGGGCGCGGGGGGCCUCGACUCUGACUCCUGUCUCCACGGCUCGAGUCUCACUCACUGGAGCUCUGUGGGCUGUCCUGUUGAAUUGACCAGAAUUAGCAAUAUACUUUUAAGUGUGGGGAAACUGAAUGACACUUUUAAGACAAUGACCAUUAUCCAAACAAAAUGUAUAAUUUCUUAAUUUGAAUAAUAAAUUAAGUGUUUAAAUGCUA